UGUGAAGAUAAUGGACGGAUGUUUACAUUACCACUUGACUUGUGAUGUUUUCCGAGACGCAGACAGAGAAAUGGAUGACGAAGUUCAACUUCUCUUACCUUCACAGAUUCCUGCAAUGGGAACCAGAGGUGGAGGCAGCGGGGGAGGCACUCCUGCGGCCAUCAUUUUGUUAGCAGUAUUCAGUGCCAUUGGAGGCUUCCUAUUUGGCUAUGACACUGGUGUUGUCUCAGGAGCUAUGAUACUUGUGAGAGAUGAAUUUGAACUGAGCACAGUGUGGCAUGAACUGAUUGUAUCAUCCACUAUUGGAGCUGCCUGGCUGGCAGCAUUGGCUGCUGGUCCUGCAACAGAUCGGUUUGGACGGCGACCAGUGAUUCUUGUUGCAAGUGUAGUGUUCACUGUUGGAGCAGUGGUAAUGGGAGCUGCUCCAGAAAAGGUGACACUACUAAUUGGAAGAAUAAUUGUUGGAUUAGGAAUAGGUAUGGCUUCAAUGUCAGUGCCAGUAUACCUGAGUGAAUCAUCCCCUGCCGAUCUUCGCGGGCGCAUCACUGUAACAAACAAUAUCUUCAUCACUGGGGGUCAGUUGAUUGCAUCUGUGAUCUGCGGUGCUUUUUCAAAAGUUCCACAGGGUUGGAGGUACAUGCUUGGUCUAGCGGCAUUACCUUCUGUUGUGCAGCUGAUGGGCUUUGCGUUUAUGCCAGAAAGCCCAAGAUGGCUGAUACUCAAAGGCAGAACUACAAAUACAGGUGGCGGGAGCGUCGUUGCUGAAGGAAAGGUGCGUAAGACCGUCACCUUGCAUAUUCCUCGGAACACACCAAAACACCACUCCGCCCUUUGUUCACCGAGGAGCAAGAGCGGAUGCGGUCGGCGCCGGCAAGCACGAUAUCCAGUCCGCGAGCAGGACUGUCCGGCCUUCGGCUUGGCCCGCACUCGAACGGCAUCGGGUGCUCAGCCUCGCCGUGGAGGACGACGUGCAGACGAGGGUGCUCGAGAGACCUAG